AUGGCCAACGCUACCAACGAAACGACUUUCUUAGUUGACGAACAAACAGGAGGAGGAGGAGGAGGAGGAUUAGAGCAGCAAACAAAAAUCGGUGAGGAAGAAGCGACGAAGAAGGACCACCACCAGAACGAACUCCAAAUGGGAAAAGGAACCACUUUUAAUAGCAGCGCAAACGAUGCGAAGGAUGAAAUGACUAAAUUCAAAGUGUAUACGAAAACCGGCGACGACGGGACGUCGUCGUUGUAUAACUUGGAGCGAAGGAAGAAAUCGGACCUCACGUUUGAAGCUUUGGGGGAUUGCGACGAGACGAACGUCGCGGUCGGGAUCGCGAGAGUACACGCGCGCGAUUUCUUUUUGUUUAAUAAUAAUAAUAAUAACAACAGUGGUGCUACGACUUCAGCAGACAUGAACUGUUUCGACGAGGAUGUCUUACCACAUUUGGAGAUUAUUCAGAGUCGAUUGUUAGACGUCGGUUCGGCAGUCGCGACGCCGAUGACGAGCGAGAAGACGAAAGAUGGCAUGAAGAUGAGAUGUCGGUUUGACGAAUCGCACGUCGACGCGAUCGAAUCUUGGAUAGACGCGUACGAGGAAGAGUUACCGGCGUUGACAAACUUUUUAUGUCCAGGAGGUACGAAAUUCGCGGCUUUUUUACACCAAGCGAGGGCGAUAUGCCGAAGGUGCGAGAGGAAAGUACAACCGAUGGUGGAAAGUGGGGACGUGGAGAAAUCGGUCGGGAUGUACUUGAACAGGUUGUCGGAUUAUUUGUUCGUGGCGGCGAGAGUGGCGAAUCAUCGGGUAGGCGUGGAAGACGUGUCCUAUAAGAAAGCGUAG